CGAUUGGUUGGCUAAAAAUGCUUCCCUAAUCUCCAUGCUGAUCUUUACCCCCCUCCUCCCCAUCUGCCGUGACCUUCCUACCGAUGUGCAGAGCCAGCCCCGGCGAGAGGCAGCCAGCCCCGCUCUGCCGCGUUCCCCACGUCCAAAGUGCAUGAGGCUGGUGUUUGCCCGAGAGCCACCCAGUGCCCGCACGGACACCCCAGGCAGCACCAGGAGCCAUGUCGGGUUCCUAUGACGAGUCAGCGGCGGCCGCAGAGGAAACGACCGACAGCUUCUGGGAGGUGGGGAACUACAAGCGCACAGUGAAGCGGAUCGAUGAUGGGCACCGUCUCUGCAAUGACCUCAUGAACUGCGUGCAUGAGCGGGCCAAGAUUGAGAAGUCCUACGCGCAGCAGCUCACCGACUGGUCCAAACGGUGGAGGCAGCUCAUCGAGAAAGGUCCCCAGUACGGCAGCCUGGAGAAGGCAUGGGGUGCCAUCAUGACGGAGGCAGACAAGGUGAGUGAGCUGCACCAGGACGUGAAGAACAGCCUGCUGAAUGAUGACUUCGAGAAGGUCAAGAACUGGCAGAAGGAUGCCUACCACAAGCAGAUCAUGGGAGGCUUCAAGGAGGCCAAAGAGGCUGAGGAUGGCUUCAGGAAAGCCCAGAAGCCCUGGGCCAAGAAGCUCAAGGAGCUGGAGACAGCCAAGAAAGCCUACCACCUAGCAUGUAAGGAGGAGAAGCUGGCCAUGACCCGGGAAGCCAACAGCAAGGCAGAUCAGUCCAACACCCCCGAGCAGCAGAAGAAGCUCCAGGACAAAGUAGAAAAGUGCAAGCAGGAUGUGCAAAAGACUCAGGAGAAGUAUGAGAAGGUGCUGGAUGAGCUGAAUAAGUGCACCCCGCAGUACAUCGAGAGCAUGGAGCAAGUCUUCGAGCAGUGCCAGCAGUUUGAGGAGAAGAGGCUCAACUUCCUCAAGGAAGUGCUCCUGGACAUCAAGAGGCACCUGAACCUGGCUGAGAGCAGCAGCUAUGCCAACGUCUACCGGGAGCUGGAGCAAACCAUCCGCCUCUCGGACGCGCAGGAGGAUCUCCGGUGGUUCCGCAGCACCAGUGGCCCCGGGAUGCCCAUGAACUGGCCACAGUUUGAGGAGUGGAACCCGGACCUGACGCACACGAUAACGCGAAAGGAGAAGCAGAAGAAGGGCGAGGGGGUGACCCUGACCAAUGCCGGCAGCGCGGGCGAGAGCGGGGCGCCGGCGGGCGAGCGCGGGAGUGUAAGCAGCCAUGACCGCGGGCAGACCUACAGCGCUGAGUGGUCCGACGAUGAAGGCAGCAACUCCUUCAACACCAGCGAGGCCAAUGGUGGCACCAACCCCUUCGACGAGGAGUCGGUGGGGAAGGGUGUGCGGGUGCGGGCUCUGUACGACUACGAUGGGCAGGAGCAGGAUGAGCUCAGCUUCAAAGCAGGUGAUGAAUUAACCAAACUUGGUGAAGAAGACGAGCAAGGAUGGUGCAAAGGGCGCUUGGACAACGGGCAGCUAGGUCUCUACCCCGCCAACUACGUGGAGGCAAUCUAAGUCUUGUGGUGUGCUCCUUGUCGCCGUCAGCAGAUAAAUCCACCCUCCAUUGUCUCCAUCGCUCCACCAACCAGCCAUGUUGCUGUCUGGUCCUUCACUCCUCACAGUUAGAGAUUUCAAACAUAUUUUCCGACCAAGCUUUUAUUUUUUUAAGAGUUGUCUCUGAAGAGUAUUUUGCAUAGUCGCUUUCUUCUUCUUCUAAGAUAACGUGAAGCGAAAGAUGAUGUCGUCUGUUCGUCUGCGUUAGUUGAUCUUUUUUCUGAACAAAAAGCCGAUACCUCAAGAUCUUAAAUCCCAACCAGUGAGAGCGCUCCUGACCGGUUGGUUUUUAAAGAUACUGAAAUCAUGAGCCGCCUUCUGAUUGGCUGGAACUGUUCCGAAAUGCACAGCGCUGAAGCUCCUGGGACUAAUCAAAUUCAUCCCAAAACCCCAAGAUGGAUUGGAGACUGACUCCAUGCUUCGGGUGUUUCCACGUUCUUCUCCCCAGUUCAUCCUCCCUCCCCAAAGAAAGGGAACGAACAUCGCCUCCGGCCCUGCAGCCACCCGGCCCCAUCCGCAGGCAGGUCCCUGCUCCUGGGCAGGGCUGACGGCAGAUUCAGAUGCCCAGAUAAGGUGGGACCAGCCCUGCCAUGGAGCUUGGUGGCAUCUCCUCAGCUUCCUCCUCCUCCUUGUGGCCGGGUUGUCGAGCCGAUGCCCCACGUGUGCUGCAGAGAGCAGCAUCACCCUUCGUGAGGGCAGUUAUCCAGCGCACACUGGCUCCGGCUGGGAUGGCCGUAAGAUCCACCUCUGUUCGCAGAAGGACCCACCUGGAGAAGGACCCACUGCAGAUCAAUGCUGCUGGAAGCACCUUCACACCCAGCCUGGGCUGGUGGGGAUCGGCUUGGAUGCUGCUGGGGACAGUCCCCAUCCACCCCCUUCCUGAAGAGAGGCAGGAGCAGAGCAGGGAUGAAGGAUAAGCAACGUCCAGCCUUGCACAGUGCCAGCAGGAGCUGCAGCACCCAGAGGAUGAGAAGGCUAGGUGCAGGCAGCAGACCCCAGUCUGGGCAGCAAAGCAGCUGCCUGGUGAAGAUGGUUGAAAACAAGACAUGCCAAAAGGGGAACGGAUGCAAGCUUUGCCCUUUGCUUCUCCCCAAAGGGCUCUAACCCUCCUGCACUUGGGUUCUGCAACCGGCCGUGGCAUGGAUAGGAGCCCCUCAGCACCCAGGGCUGCUGCCACCCAGCACAGUCACCCCGACCCCUCUGCCCCAGGCAUGUUUGCUAUCCCGAGCUCUUCCCUACAGAUCAUCUCUCUUUUUUUUUCCCCAUACCAUCCACCCUUAGCAGCAUCAACGCCCUCAUCUUCCUGCACACUCCUCCCGCUCCUCUCCUGCCCUCUCUGUUGGUUUGUGAAUUUUUUGGCCCCAGGGAUCAAGUGUUCUCAGGAGGCAGGAUUUGCACCAUGUGUUGGGCACGGUGGGCGAGAGCCGCGCUGCCCCUCGCCCCUGCCAGGUAUGCAACCGUGAGAGCAGAAACCACAAAAAACAGUCAGAAAAAACCCAACCAACCACCUGUCUCAGCAAUGCACCCCAGUUUUUUGUACAUUGAUUGUGUAAUUUAAGAAGUAUAUAUAUAAUAUAUAUAUAUAUCGUGAUUGUAGUACCGUGGAUACAACAACAAAAAGCAGCAAGCGAAAAUAACUGAGCUCUGUCAGCGUCCUUCGGGUCUGGGUCCUCGUGUGCCUCCGUGCGCCAGUCUUGCCCCCAUGGAGGAGGCUGUUGGGGUUAUGGACCCCCCACACCCUGGGGAGCCACAGUUGCAGGGAAACCCCCACCCAGAGGCUUUGGGGUGCAGUGGGAUGGGGACUGGGGUGUAGUACCAAGGGACUGAGAAGGGGAGGAGCAGCUACCGCCUUUGGGGACUCCCCUGCCAACAAGCCAGGCAAAGCCUUGUGAAAGCCACAGGGUAAGUCAAAGAUAAAGCAGUUUCUGGGGUUGUUCCCAAACCAGCAAAGCAGCAGCCCCCAGCCCAGCAGUACCCGGGCAGGGGGAGACAGGGAAGCCCUGGCACAGCGAGUUGGUGCUGGCAGAGGUGACAGAGCCUCUUGGGAUCCCUGUGAGUCUUGAAACCUUGGGAAAAAUGACCUGUCCAUUGGCCAGGACAGACCCAUGGACAAGGGGGACAGGGUGGUGAGAGCAGGACCCUAUGGGUUAUGGGGGUACUCCCUGGGCUCUUGAUGGAGAGGGGCCAGAGAAAAGGGAUUUAUUUCCCCUUGUUUAAGGGCCGGAGCUGCAAGAGGUUUGGUGAGAAACCCUGAGUCCGGCGGCACUGGCUGCGCACCCUGCUGCAGUGGGAUCUGCUGUGCCAGGUCCCCACAUCCCCACGUUCACCCUCCCCAGCUGGCAGCAGCUCGCCCCCCUUCCUGCUCACCUUCCUCAUAGUGAAACACAGCCAAAGGACCUGUGACAGAGACAUGAGAUUUGGGGCACCAGCACCGCCAGCGCAUCCUCCUGGUGCUUCCCGCACUGGCUGCAGGAGCAUCGGUUGCACACAGGAAAUCAUAAGACACAUUUUUCCAGAGGCCAAGGCAGUUUUCCUCCUUGCUCUGUUCCUCUCCUCCCUUCAGUGCCCUCCAUCCCUCCAGCUGGGAUGCUUGCAAGGCUGGAGGAAGCGUGUCUGCUUCUUUGCCAUGUAAACAGUAUGAAACAGGCAGAACAAACCCCAAAAGGCAGGAGCCAUCACUGGCAGCUAUUUUAAAUUAAAAACAAAACACCAAGAA